UUCCAUUUAUUCUUCCGACAAAAAGCAGCCUGUCAGCUCUUAGGAGUUUUGCGUUCCCGCGCCUGCCCACCUCGCUCCGGGCGGCAAAGAAUCCUGUGUUGGGGCGCAGCGCCGGGGCGCCCUCGCCGGCACCAUGGCUCGAAAUGCAGAAAAAGCCAUGACUGCCCUGGCAAGAUUCCGUCAAGCUCAGCUGGAAGAGGGAAAAGUCAAGGAACGAAGACCCUUCCUUGCUUCUGAAUGUACUGAGCUGCCCAAAGCUGAGAAAUGGAGACGACAGAUCAUUGGAGAGAUCUCAAAAAAAGUUGCCCAGAUUCAGAAUGCUGGGUUAGGAGAAUUUCGAAUUCGAGACCUGAAUGAUGAAAUUAACAAGCUGCUACGGGAGAAAGGACACUGGGAGGCCCGCAUCAAAGAGCUGGGUGGUCCUGAUUAUGGAAAAGUUGGCCCUAAGAUGCUGGAUCAUGAAGGUAAAGAAGUCCCAGGAAACCGAGGUUACAAGUACUUUGGGGCAGCAAAAGAUUUACCUGGUGUCAGAGAACUAUUCGAGAAAGAACCCCUUCCUCCUCCCAGAAAGACACGUGCAGAGCUUAUGAAGGCGAUCGAUUUUGAAUACUAUGGUUACCUGGAUGAAGAUGAUGGAGUUAUUGUGCCUUUGGAACAAGAGUAUGAAAAGAAACUCAGAGCUGAGCUGGUGGAAAAAUGGAAAGCAGAGAGAGAGGCUCGGCUGGCAAGGGGAGAAAAGGAAGAGGAGGAGGAGGAGGAAGAGGAGAUAAACAUCUAUGCUGUCACCGAGGAGGAGUCGGAUGAGGAAGGCAGCCAGGAGAAGGCAGGGGAAGAUGGCCAGCAGAAGUUUAUUGCUCAUGUUCCGGUGCCAUCGCAGCAGGAGAUCGAGGAGGCUCUUGUACGGAGGAAGAAAAUGGAACUGCUCCAGAAAUACGCAAGUGAGACGCUGCAGGCGCAGAGUGAAGAAGCCAAGCGUCUCCUGGGGUACUAGGAUAAGCCAGAGCCCUUCCUAGACUCUGGAAGACCUGGUGGGUGUGCUUGUGAGCCCAUGGUCACGCUGUCUGCAUUGGCGCCCUGGGCUGUGCCUGGGCUGGCUGUGGCUGGGAGGCCCUGGGCCUUUCCCACGGUGUAGGGCCCUGUCCCUGACUUCCCGGUAAGCUGUCAGGGUACAAAGACUGUAAACAUUACCUUUGUACAGAUGUGUUUGCUACAUAUGGAUCCAUUUAUUUUUAUUUUGGAAUAUAUAAAAUCAGCUAUCUGAAAAU